AGGCAUCCGGGGGCGGGGCUGCGGGGCUGCGCGGUGCUGUGCGGGAAGCGGCGGGCGGCGGCGGCGGCUAGGAGGCUGAGGUCUGGCGGUGGCGCCGUGGGCCGCGGUGCGGCGGGCGGGAGGAUGGGCACCCAGGGCAGCCCAGUGAAGAGCUACGAUUACCUGCUCAAGUUCCUGCUGGUGGGCGACAGCGACGUGGGCAAGGGCGAGAUCCUGGAGAGCCUUCAGGACGGCGCAGCUGAGUCCCCAUACGCCUACAGCAACGGAAUUGACUAUAAGACUACCACCAUCCUACUGGACGGACGGCGUGUCAAGCUGGAACUUUGGGAUACGUCGGGCCAGGGCAGGUUCUGCACCAUCUUCAGGUCCUACUCGAGGGGCGCACAGGGAAUCCUCCUGGUGUAUGACAUCACCAACCGUUGGUCCUUUGAUGGCAUUGACCGGUGGAUCAAGGAGAUCGAUGAGCAUGCACCUGGUGUUCCCCGUAUCCUGGUUGGGAACCGGCUGCACCUGGCCUUCAAGCGGCAAGUCCCAACGGAGCAGGCCCGAGCCUACGCAGAAAAGAACUGCAUGACCUUCUUUGAAGUCAGCCCCCUGUGCAACUUCAACGUCAUUGAGUCCUUCACUGAGCUCUCUCGCAUCGUGCUUAUGCGGCAUGGCAUGGAGAAGAUCUGGAGGCCCAAUCGAGUUUUCAGCCUGCAGGACCUCUGCUGCCGCGCCAUUGUAUCCUGUACCCCUGUGCACCUCAUUGACAAGCUCCCACUACCUGUCACCAUCAAGAGCCACCUCAAGUCCUUUUCCAUGGCCAACGGCAUGAACGCUGUCAUGAUGCACGGCCGUUCCUACUCCCUGGCAAGUGGGGCCGGGGGCAGUGGCAGCAAGGGCAACAGCCUUAAGAGAUCCAAGUCCAUCCGCCCCCCCCAGAGCCCACCUCAGAACUGCUCUCGGAGCAACUGCAAGAUCUCCUAGCGGGACCUGUGGGUUCCGCCUGUUCAGACUCGGGGCUUACGCUGGAGCACUCCUGGCCAGGCACUGGGCCCUGCUGCGUGCAGGAAGACUUGGCUACACAACCCUGCCUGGGUCUCUCCAGGCUUCCCUCCACGUCUGAGCUAGUGGAGGGAGGGGCGUGCAGGAGAGAGCAUGCUCCACAGACCAGGCAGCAGGGCUGCUGGUGCUACGGGGGCCAGGUCUGAACGAUCCUGGACUCCAGGCUGGGAGUGAGCCUGGCUCCCCUUAUUUAUAUGGAGAACAUUUUACCUGUUUUGUACAUUUUUAAAGGGCUGUCAGGGAAGCCUGGAUGCCCCUCAUAGCCACAUCAGCCGUUGGGGAAGCUCAGGAUGUCAGGGAAGGGGGGAUGAAGCAGUGAUGGAGGGUUCAGCGUUGAAGCCAGAUGAUCGUUGGAUUUAUAAACACCCUUCCUGGGUGUUGAUGUUGCUCAGAGGCCAGUGGGAAACGGAUGGGGCCAGGGUGUACUCCAGAUGCUCCUGGCAGCAGUCUUGGCUCCAGCUUCCAUUUCUGACAAAGGUGGUCAAUAUGCUGGACAUAGGCAAGGUUUCUGCUCCUGAGAGAAGUUGGUUGCACCUGGGAGCCCCACUGGUAUCCCUCCUCACUGUGCCCUGGCACUUUGGGUGAUGUUUACUCUCCACUCAGUAUCUCCAGGUUGAGGCAGAGCUCUCUGCAGACUUAAGUGCUUGCUGGCCUCCAGUGGUAUCUGGGCUUUGGGCACAGGGCCCAGGACCCCAGUGUCUAGCAGCUUGUACGCAUCAACUUUGUGUUUCACAGCUGCUCCUUGCCUGUUGUGGCCCUUCUGCCUAUAAGUUCAUGUCACUGGAAUCUUUAACCUAUUUCUUAGUGACAUCUGUGGAACAGCAGCCUCAACCAUAGGGGUGGACAUCAAGCCCCUCCUUAGGGACCCACUAGCUGGAGCAACUUCUGAAGCCAUGGACUAUUCCUCCACAAUGCUACUCCUACCCCAGUCUGCUCUAGUCAGCCUUCUCCCCUGUGGGGAUGUUGUCCCCAGUGGAUGUCCUGUGUGACUGCUUCCCUGUCCUUGCCUGGUGACACAGCCCUCAGGCACGCUGGUGCUUAACUCUACCUCCUGCCCUCAGGGCCCUGGCCAUAGCAGGAGCCAUGACCCCUUACUGGGGACCUUCUUAGUGCACAUUUCCUAAGACCAUCUUGCCAUGGAUGUUACUAGGGCAUUGGUAGACACAGCGCCAGCCUGCUGUUCUGGGAGAUUGGGUUAAUGCCUGUAGGGACAGGGCUAUGGUUGUGGGAACUGCCUGAUAAGCAGCAGCCCCUGGGACCUCACCCAGAGGCUGGAUACAAUCAAGCAUCACCUUUCCCCACCAGUCCUGUUGCUGUUGAUAGAGACCUUUUCUCUGGAAUCGUGAAUAGAGUGGUAUAGACUUUGAGGAGGACCUGGAUUGGCCUGCGUUCUCACCAUCAACACUACCCUUGCUGCUGUGGACUCCACCAUUCCUGGGUUCUUUGUUCUUAUUCUUUGUACAGUAAAGGAACUUCAGCAGUGA